CAAGAUGACAUGCGUGACAUGGUGUCGGGUGUUUAGUGUGAAGCCUGGUUUAAAGAGCCCAUGUGCUCUCAUCCUCUCAGUCCACCUCGAUUCCAUCUCGAUUCUGGGUGCUUAGAGGCGUUUCACUGGUGCAGUGAUACCUUCCAGAGGCAGUGGGGUCAGGCAUAGUCGCUAGUCUGCAAGUGAUGCAGGUGAACAGCUCGGCCUUCAUUCAGCAACUGUUUGUUGAGUGUCGGUUGUGUGAGCGGCACUGUUCAUUGUAGGUGCUGGGAUCCAGAGCUGAAGUCGUGUCAAGGUCCCUUCCCUCACUGAGCUCACGCUGUCGUGGAGGGAUGCGGAGGAUAAAUGAGGUCAUUGCUGAGAGAGUAUUGGGCGGUGCUUGGGGUGGGUCUGUAGGAGAGCCUGUCGGCAGAGGUGACUUUUGAGCCAAGGCCUCUGUGACAAGAAACUAGCCAUGCAAAACUGUGGGAUAAGAGUGUUUUGGGCAGAAUGAACAGCAAGUGUGAUGACCCUGAGGGAGGAGUAGGUUUGGUGUUUUGAGGUAGAGAAGUAUGGCAAGUAUGUAAUGAAAAAGGAAGAAAACGAUAGGGAACAAGGAUGCAGUGUAGGGAGGGGUCAGAUGGAUGCAGCGUCCUAGUUCGUGGUGAGAGGCUUAGAUUUGAUUGUCAGUGUGAUUGAAAACCACUGGGACGUUGUAAGCCAUUUACAGGUGACUCGUGGAUUUUUCUUUUUUUUACAUUUUAAAUUGACCCUUAAAUAUUGCAAAUAUAACUUUAUUGUAGUGAUAGCCUUCAGUUCCAGUGGACCUUGAAUGGCAAGAAAAGGAAAUAAAAGUCAUCUGACAUUACUCAGAUUCAAAAGUAUCAUGAUAUUACUUGGUUUGAUUUCAGGCCAUUUGUGAGACUCUAAAUCUUCCGAAAAUGGCAACCCUAGUGCGGUCCGUCCCAGGAGCUCUUGGCCGUUGCUGAUGGCAGAAACCAAACUCACUUGCGGUUCACGUGCAGCCCCCGAGUGUCAGCCCAGCCCGGGUCACCCUAGCCAUGGAUGGUGCAGCGGCCGUACAGGAAGGCCUUUUGGAGGACAGACCCGGCAGUGGGGUCUCGGCUCACCCUGAGGCCCCCCCAGAGCCCACUGGCUCCUUGACAUCACUGGGCCGGUGGGAUGAAGCCCAGUGUGCCGGUGUUGAGGUAAACAGAGCUUCAGAUGAAGGAGGAAGCCAAGGAGACACCUGUCCGAAUGGGCCGGCGCCACAGUUCCCAGACCCUCCGCUGACAGUGGGUCCUGAAGCCUCUCCAGGCUCAACAGAGGCUUCACUGCCCCUGGAGAAGGAGGAGCAGGUCCGACUUCAGGCUCGGAAACGGCUGGAAGAGCAGCUCAAACAGUACAGGGUGAAGCGCCAGCAGGAAAGAUCAAGUCAACCUGUAACUAAAACGAGACUUUUUAGCACACUUGAUCCUGAACUCAUGUUGAACCCAGAAACCUUACCGAGGGCCAGUGCCGUGGCUAUGACCAAAGAAUAUUCCUUCCUGCGCACCAGCGUCCCUCGGGGGCCGAAGGUGGGCAGCUUAGGGCUCCUGGCACAUCCUAAGGAGAAAAAAAGUUUCAAAUCGAGCAAAAUUCGGUCUCUGGCUGAUUACAGAACUGAAGAUUCAGACGCUCGGAAUUCUGGUGGAAAUGUUCCAGCUCCGGACUCUGCCAGGGCCUCCCUGGAGCAGAACCGAGGCAGUGGGACGUCAGUGGUGUCUGAGCUCAGCCUGUGUCCCGAGGCCGACGACCGCCUGGAGGAUGCGUCCCUGACGGGGGACAAUGUGUCUGAGGCUGACGGGACCGAGAGUGACAGCUCCUCCUAUAGCAGCGUCUCCGCCCGAGGGCCGGCCGGCCUUCUGGUGAACACUGGGGGCGUGGUCCAGGCCCCCGGUGGGGUCAGCAGCCGGGAGAUCGCCGCCGGCGCCCUGGGCCAGCUCCCCUCCAUCUCGGAUGUCCUCCGGGCCGCAGCCGCCGAGCGCCAAGAGCAGAAGGUCAACGGGGAGACGCGGCGCCGGGCCGACAGCAUCUGCAGCAGCGUGUCCGUGGGGAGCUCUGUUGCUGAAACUCAUGAUGAAAUGUUGCAGGUUCUUAAAGAAAAAAUGAGACUCGAAGGACAGCUGGAAGCUUUAUCGUUAGAGGCUAGUCAGGCACUUAAAGAAAAGGCCGAGCUGCAAGCGCAGCUGGCCGCGCUGCACACAAGGCUGCAGGCACAGCUGGAGCAGAGCCACAGCAGCCAGCAGAGGCAGGACUCCCUCAGUUCAGAGGUGGACACCUUAAAGCAGUCUUGCUGGGACCUUGAGCAGGCAAUGAGCGCUCUGCAGAACAUGCUGGAAGCCAAGAAUGCUAGCCUGGCCUCCUCCAACAGCGACCUGCGGUUGGCAGAGGGGCAGUACCAGAGACUCAUGGCCAAAGUGGAAGAGAUGCAGAGGAGCAUCCUCAGCAAGGACAACACAGUGCAUGACCUGCGGCAGCAGAUGACAGCCUUGCAGAGCCAGCUGCAGCAGGUGCAGCUGGAGCGCACGACGCUGACCAGCAAGCUGAAGGCAUCCCAGGCCGAGAUUGCAUCCCUGCAGAGUGUCCGGCAGUGGUACCAGCAGCAGCUCGCCCUGGCCCAGGAGGCCCGGGUCCGGCUGCAGGGCGAGAUGGCCCACAUCCAGAUUGGACAGAUGAGCCAGGCGGGCCUCCUGGAGCACCUGAAGCUUGAGAAUGUGUCCCUGUCCCACCAGCUGACGGAGACCCAGCAGAGGUCGAUCAAGGAGAAAGAGCGCAUCGCCGCCCAGCUCCAGGGCAUCGAGGCUGACAUGUUGGACCAGGAAGCUGCCUUGGUGCAGAUUCAAGAGGCGAAGACGAUGGUGGAGGAGGACCUGCAGAGGAGGCUGGAGGAGUUUGAAGAUGAGAAGGAGCGGCUGCAGAAGGCGGCGGCUGCGGCGGCGGCCCUGGAGCAACAGCUGGAGCAGGUGAAGCUGACUCUGCAUCAGCGGGACCAGCAGCUUGAGGCUUUGCAGCAGGAGCACCUGGGCCUGCUGAAGCAGUUCGCCUCGACGCAGGAGACUUUGCAGAGCAGGGAGCGGGCCCUCGGGGACCUGCAGGUGCACUGCGACGAGCUGCAGGCCGGGCUGGAGGAGCUCCAGGGGGAGGCCGCUGCCAGGGACGACGCCAUCCGUUUCCUGCAGCACGAGAAGACCGUCUUGGAGGUGGCUGUGCAGGCGGCCCGGAGCGGCAGGGAGGAGUUUGAUAGAGAGGCAGAAUGCCUGGAAGAGGGUGCCCAGGACACGUCAGGAACUUUAGAGCAGUUGACCCAGGAGUUAGCCAUCAAGUCCAGCCAGGUGGGGCACCUGCAACAAGAAGCUGCCUCCCUGAAAAAGCAGGCGCAGAAACUAAAGGAACAGUUUCUUCAACAAAAGGUGAUGGUGGAGGCCUACCGCCGGGACGCCACCUCCAAAGACCAGCUCAUCGGUGAGCUGAAGGCUGCAAAGAGGAGGCUGGACUCGGAGGUGAAGGAGCAGCGGCAGGAGGCCGUCCGACUCCACGGGGAGAAGAGGUCCGCGGAGGUGCAGCACUUGCGUCUGCAGAGGGAGGCGGCGCAGGCCCGUCAGCAGCUGGUGGAUCUCGAAGGGCACCUCCAGUCCACGCGGCGGGAGCGUGACGAGAUGGAGAUGCACUUACAGUCUUUGCAGUUCGAUAAAGAGCAGGUGGCUGCUCUCACGGAGGCCAACGAGGUGCUCAAGAAACAAAUAGAAGAGCUGCAGCAAGAAGCCACGAGGGCCAUCACCGAGCAGAAGCAGAAGAUGAAGCAGCUGGGCUCAGACCUGAGCAGCGCUCAGAAGGAGGUGAAGACGAAGCACAAGGCCUAUGAGAACGCCGUGGGCAUCCUCAGCCGCCGCCUGCAGGAGGCCCUCGCGGCCAAGGAGGCAGCCGAGGCCGAGCUGAGCCAGCUGAGAGCCCAGGUGGCCAGCGGUGGCGGCAGCGACCACACCCUGCACGAGCGGGUCCAGGCCCUAGAGGUGGAGCUGCAGGCUGUGGGCCAUAGCAAGAGGAUGCUGGAGGGGGAGCUGCAGGAGGUCAUCACGCUGACCAGCCGGCAGCUGGAGGAGCAGCGGGAGAGGGUGCUGGAGCUGGAGGACGAGCUGCAAGAGUCCAGAGGCUUCAGGAGGAAGAUAAAGUGCCUUGAGGAGUCGAAUAAGAAGUUGGCUCUGGACUUAGAGCAUGAGAGAGGGAAGCUUCUGGGCCUUGGACAGUCCAGCGUGGCCCUGAGGGAACACAACGGCAUCUUAGAGACAGCUUUAGCCAAGAGGGAAGCAGACCUGGUCCAGCUGAACCUGCAGGUGCAGGCAGUUUUGCAGCGCAAAGAGGAGGAGGACCGCCAGAUGAAGCAGCUCGUCCAGGCCCUGCAGGCUGCGCUACAGAAGGAAAAGGUGAUGGUGCACAGCCUUGAGGAGCAGGUUGCUGCCGCCCAGGCGGAAGCGGGGCACAGCCGCCGCCAUUUUAAGGCCGCCACCUUAGAGCUGAGCGAGGUGAAGGAGGAGCUGAAGGCCAAGGGGCAGGAGGUGCAGCGGCUGCAGGCGGAGGCAGACGGGCUCCAGAUUCAGGAGGGGAAACAUUCCCAGGAGAUAGCACAGUUCCAGGCAGAGCUGGCAGAGGCCCGGACCCAGCUCCAACUCCUGCAGAAGCAGCUGGAUGAGCAGCUGAGCAAAGAGCCCGUAGGAAACCAAGAGAUGGAAAAUCUCAAAUGGGAGGUGGAUCAGAAAGAGAGAGAGAUGCAGUCCUUGAAGCAGCAGCUGGACUUGACUGAGCGGCAGAGUAAACAGGAGUUGGAUGGAACACGGCAGUCAUUGCAGAAUAUUAAAUCUGAGCUGGAGAUGGUACGGGAAGAUCUGUCCCUGACCCGGAAAGAUAAAUUCAUGCUUCAAGCUAAAGUGUCGGAACUGAAGAGCAACAUGAAGACGCUGCUCCAGCAAAACCAGCAGCUCAAGCUGGACCUGCGGCGGGGAGCAGCCAGGAUGAGAAAGGAGCCGAAGGGAGAAGCCAGCUCUUCCAGCCCCGUGACGCCGGUGAAGAUCCCUGACUGCCCCGUGCCGGCCUCGCUUUUGGAGGAGCUGCUGCGGCCCCCGCCUGCUGUGAGCAAGGAGCCCCUCAAGAACCUCAACAGCUGCCUCCAGCAACUCAAGCAGGAGAUGGACAGCCUGCAGCGCCAGAUGGAGGCACACGCGGUCACUGUGCACGAGUCGCUGUCCUCGUGGACGCAGGGGGACCCCGCCAGCCCCUCCUGCCUGGGCGAUCACGCCAACCCCGGAGGAGACACGGAGCAACACGGUCAGAGCAGGGCCACGAGAGAGCACUUUGGAAUGGGGACCGCGGAGCAUCCCCACCCCGAGUGUUUGUAGCUGACCGCAGGAAUGCUCUCUUCUCCGUGUUAUUUAUUUGACUGUGUGCUCUAUUGUCUUUCUAAGAGAUGAAAGUUAAGUUUUGCGUUGGCCGUUACAAGGCGUAAAGUAACAAAACGAGAGCCGAGAAUUAAUGAUAGUCAUCUACAGGUCACAACCAGCUUUUCCCACGAAGUGACCAAAUCUUAAAAACCUAAUUUAGGUCUCAGUGAGACAUUUUGAAUGUGUCUGAAGGGUUAUUUGCAGAAGGAGGUAUCUUAGGCCUGAUGGUAGACGCUGCUCUCGGACGGUCGCUGGCGGAGGCGUUGCAUGGCUGCGUCCAGCUUCUCACUUUCCUGUCUGAUUCAGAAAGAACUUUCCUCCCUGCAGGAGCGAGACUUCGUUUGCACCUUUGGUUUUUAUUUUAUUUUGUUUUGUUUUCAAUAGCCAUCUCUCCGUAGAACGUGUAUAUAAAUACCGGAAAUCAUAAUCUAAUCUUUAAAAAGUAUGUGCUCAUAUUAUUUAAGAAUGACCCGAAUUGUCUUUUUAUUGAUUGCCUUUGGAAAAUCUGCAGUUAGGAAGUAACGUAUAUGUAGGAUUUAGGAAUGUCAGAAAAUUAUGUUUUAAGAAAUGUAAUUAUUUUAUUUACCUUCUAAAGCCAAAUAUUCUUAGCAGAAGUUCUUUGUUAUUUUAGUUUCACUUUAUUUUGAGGGUCUUUCCUUGCCAUGAGUGCACAACGCCCACGUGUUUGACCCCUGGCCCUGCAUGGCCUCGCUCACCUUGGCCAACCCCCGGGCAGGCCUGAUGGCCACCAGGACGCCCACAUAGACACCACGGUCAGCACACGCUGACCUGAUCCGUGAGGCGUGGGGAGAGGCCUGAAGAGAGGAGGGGAGGGGAAGCGAGGAGGAGGAGCAGGGCCGGGGCUCGCGCGGGCUCCAAACCAGGGAGCAGGGCUUCCCCAGGCCUCACACUUCGCUCUUGUGUGGCAAUGUCCGCCAGCGCCUGUGUGGUCGUCAAGAGAUAUGCUGGCCUCUGUGCGGUGACAGCCUUCAGAAGGGUGAGGAGGCCCUCGACCCUCUCAUCUGGAGAGCAGCGAAAGGGGCAGGUCAGCAUGAGAGGGUCUCCGGAGGUUUAUUUGAAAUCAGACACCCCAAGUGUGUGAGGUCCCGCCUAGAGUGACUGUGAGACUCGAGGUUUGUAAGCUUGCCCCUAGUUUGCUAAGAUGAUCUAAAGUAAUGUUCAUUGUUCCAAGUUAGAGAAGAGAGAGAGAACGGGUCUGUGUGGCCCCCUGUGCGGGUCGGCUGGGCUGAACAUGAAGUCUGCGGUGUUACUGAGCAGGCCAGACACACUCGUGUCACCGCAUCACCUGGGUCUCUCUUGUGGAGAAAACAGCGUGGUGUUUUUAUUCUGCUUGUGUUCUCUCACAAUAUGCUGUUAGAAGGUUAAUUGAUAAGAUUAAAGUAGCAUUAAUCACAAAGAUGUUUAGUGUUUAAAGAAAUUCCCCAGCAAGUAUCGGAACGUCUAAAAUAUGUAUAUCAUCUGUACAGGGUUAAUCUUGGAAAUUAUACUUGAAAACUUUAUUCUGCUCUUCAUUUUAAGUUGGAAAUCAUUUUUGACAAAAUUGUUUUCAUACCAUUGGAAAGAAAAAUGGUAAUUUAUGUUCUUAUUUAUUUUGGCUGCGAUAUCUUUUGUUUUAAUUUUAGAGCAAAGAAAUCACACUUAGCCUCAUUUUGUAGCUGCUUUCUCGCUCCUUGCUGAGGUCUUCCAGAAAAUCACAGUGUAUCUUCUUCCUUAGGAAAGGAUAAAGGAAUCCUGAGUAUAUCCAUCAAGAGAAAGCCAGUCUCUGUUCCCCGCCCCUUUUCCUUCGUCGAGUCACCCUCCAUGUGUGUACGUGCGUGCGUGCAUGUGUGCGCGUAUACGUGUGUG